AGCAGACGGAGCAGCAGCAGCUUCACAUGUCAGUGUACCCAGUGAGGAGCCCUGAGGAACUCCACCAUCAAGCGGACGCUUUGCUUCCUGUCCUCCGGCGAGCUGGAGCAGGCCGGUGACAUCAUCAGCAGGUGACGCCCUUCCCAUGGUGCCCCGCAGCCUUGGGGGGUCGCCAUGGGAGACAAGCCUUACCCAGAAUGCAGCGCUCAGGAGCUGUUCGACGAGUUUGUGUCAGCGUCGACCUGCAGGGCGGCGCUUCGGUCCUUCGGCCAGCUGUGCGAACAUCUGCAGCUGGACCGCGCCACCGCCAGCAGGCCGCUGUACCGACCAAUCAAACGGCGCCUCAAUUACUGGAAGGCCAACGCCUUGUGGGCCAAACUGGACCGAAGGGCGGCGCAGCACGAGGCGCUGGGCGCCCGGGCGUGCAGCAACACCACGUGCGUGGUCAUCGGGGCGGGGCCCUGCGGCCUGAGGACGGCGGUGGAGCUGGGCUUCAUGGGAGCCCGGGUGGUGCUUGUGGAGAAGCGGGACUCGUUCUCCAGGAACAACGUGCUUCACCUGUGGCCUUUCACCAUCCAUGACCUGCGGGGCCUCGGGGCCAAAAAGUUCUACGGAAAGUUCUGCGCCGGCUCCAUCGACCACAUCAGUAUCCGUCAGCUGCAGCUCGUCCUGCUGAAGGUUGCCUUGCUGCUCGGUGUGGAGGUUCACGUCAACGUGGAGUUUAAGAGGCUGGUGGAGCCGCCGAAGGACCAACAAAAGCACAAGGUGGGCUGGAGGAUGGAGGUGAGUCCGAAGUCUCAUCCCGUCAGUCAGCUGGAGUUCGACGUCGUCAUCGGAGCCGACGGACGCAGGAACACGUUGCCUGGUUUCAGACGUAAAGAGUUCAGAGGGAAACUGGCCAUCGCCAUCACGGCUAACUUUAAAAACAGAAACACCACCGCUGAGGCCAAAGUGGAGGAGAUCAGCGGCGUGGCCUUCAUCUUCAACCAGAGGUUCUUCCAGGACCUGCGGCAGGAGACCGGAAUCGACCUGGAGAACAUUGUGUACUACAAAGACGACACACACUACUUUGUAAUGACGGCAAAGAAACAGAGUCUGUUGGAAAAAGGAGUCAUCCUGCAGGACUUCGCCGACACUGGGCAGCUCCUCUCCCAGGGGAACGUGGACCAGAAUGCAUUGCAGGCGUACGCCCGCAAGGCCGCCGACUUCUCGACCAAUCACCAGCUGCCGUCUCUGGACUUCGCCAUGAAUCACUACGGCCAGCCGGACGUGGCCAUGUUUGACUUCACCUGCAUGUAUGCGUCGGAGAACGCCGCCAUGGUCCGUCAGCGCCACGGACACCAACUGCUGGUCACUCUGGUGGGGGACAGUCUGCUGGAGCCGUUCUGGCCGAUGGGGACCGGAGUGGCUCGAGGGUUCCUGGCAGCUCUGGACUCGGCCUGGAUGAUACGGAGCUGGGCUCAGGGCGAGCUCCUCUGGACGUCCUGGCAGAGAGAGAGAGUUUGUACCGCCUCCUCCCUCAGACGACCCCGGAGAACAUGCAGAAGAACAUCACUCUGUUCUCUGUGGAUCCAUCAACCAGAUACCUGAACAUCAGUUCCCUGACCGUCACGCCUGCACAGGUGAGACAUCUGGUGGACACUGGAGAGAAGACGGGAUUAAACACAGACUGUAGUGAUAUCGUCAGACUCGCCUCCCCAAG